UUUCAAACGCGGCUCUAUUUAACUGUAUUUAUUAUUUAGUCUAUAUAUUUUUUAUUUUAAAUUAUUCUCUGUGUUAGUCAAUUGUCAUGACAUAUUAAAGAAAAAAAGUUGUGAAGUUUGGCGGGUUAAUGUGUGCGAGUGAGAAGGGGGAUAUGGAGAGUCCGGGCGAGGAAACGGGACGUGCUUCGCACCCCGCACCGCAGCCCAACGGCUCCAAUAAGAUUAUCGGAAGAAACGUGAAUGGAACAAUGGUUGUGACAUCAGCGCCAUCUAACGAAGCCGAGUUGCAGUUGUAUCGGGUGAUGCAACGAGCAAGUCUCCUUGCGUACUAUGACACCUUAUUGGAAAUGGGUGGGGAUGAUGUACAGCAACUCUGCGACGCUGGUGAGGAGGAAUUCCUUGAAAUUAUGGCGCUGGUUGGAAUGGCCUCAAAACCGCUUCACGUUAGACGCCUCCAAAAAGCCCUUCAAGAAUGGGUGAACAACCCUGCUCUCUUCCAAAUACCAAUCGUUCCAAAUAUAUGUCCCACCGAAAAUCCUUUUAUCCAAUGCAACCAAAGACUACUAAAUAUACCCUCUAUUCCAAAUCUACCUCGCACUGUGGCCUCACCAGAUAAUAACAGGCCGAUGUAUAGUCCGUCCCCUGGCGCCCCCGAAAACAGCUGUGGUUCCACCGCAUCAGCCCCAAACGCAAGUCCGGUUCACAGCCAAACCAAUACAUUUACCAAAAUCGUCCUUCCUUCCUCUCCAGUAGCUCCUACCACGAGAUCCUUCUCUCCCCAAAACAAUCCUCCAGCUUCCAGCUCCAGCCCGGGAUCUGGAACUUCGCCCCUAUUAACACCAGUUCUUUUAGAUGUCCAUGUACAUAAAUUGGCAACCGCCGCAGACAAACUGAGCAAGCAUUUGCCACAAUUGGAACCAAAGCCGCAGAAUACUAAAAAGAAAAUGUGUAAAGAUCUGGAGCUGGUUAUGAUGAUGCCAGAGUCAGAUCCAAGGAGGAUGGAGGAGAUACGAAAGUAUGCGGCGAUAUAUGGCCGAUUCGAUUGUAAGCGGAAGCCGGAGAAGCCGUUGACAUUGCACGAGGUAAUGGUAAACGAAGCGGCUGCUCAAAUGUGUCGAUGUGUUCCCGCCUUGCUCACGCGGAGAGAUGAGCUGUUCCCACUAGCAAGACAGCUUGUCAGAAGGGCUGGAUUGCACUAUUCAAAGCAUGGCCUUCCGCCCACUCCAGCAGAAGAUAGAGAAAGAGAUGAAGAGGAGACACCAAGCAAACGGCCGCGACAGGAAGGCGAAGAUGGUGUCCGAGCCAGUCCAGACGCAAGAAAUUCCAACCAUACCUGGUGGGGCAUGAAGACCGAGAGUGACGACGCCGACUCUAGGUGUUCAUAUUCCAGUACUAGUACUCCACCACCUGAAACGGAAGAAUCCCGUCCCCAAGUAGUAGCAGCUCGUGGUGAUAGCAUCAUAGCAGUAGCCAAUCCAGCUUUACAACCACUUCCACCACCACAUCCAGCGAGAAAUCAUUCAAACUGACUUUCAGACGGCUUCUAGCAGAAACUUCUCACAGCCUAUUUCAUAACUUUGAAGAUUACGACCAAUAACAAUUCGGUGUAAUUUUUAAGUUUUCCUUUUAACAAAAAAUCCAGCAUCCAGCGUUAAGUUUUUGCUUUUACGAUUUUGAGCAGUAGAUUCGGGGUAAAAUACAAAAUUUUCUUUCAGAAAAGUUUUUAUUAAAGAAAAUAAAACUGUAUGUAUAAACAAAAACGAAAUUUAUGACGCAAACCACCGAAUGACGGAACCAAAUUGAAUGACACCUUUCGAGCUUGUUAUUGUCAGGAUAGUGUUUGUAUAAGAAAAUACGUAUAGAUUAUGAGAUGAGAUGAGACAAAAGAUGGAUUAUCUAUAUAUUAAGGGCGAGAAGAAAUAUAUAUUGGCUAUGACCGAAUCAACGUAUUACGUAAGGCGAUGAGAAAUACGGCAGGGUACGAUAGGCAUAGCACGUUAUAUCGUGUUAUUUUAUAAAUCUCGUGACAUUUUUUCAUUGAUAAAAGCUUGCCAACGUUUACAAUAUACUAUUUUUAUUUUGACAAGCAAGGCAAAAAUAACAAUCACGAAGAAAUUAAACAAAACAAUUAAAAUAACAAAAUCUAAACGAAAAUCGAUUUUAAAGUUUGAGGGAAGCAACUAUGGAUAUCCUUGCUUGUUUAUCAGACUGCUCAAUCUGGACAUCAAUGAGCUUUGACUAAAACGCGUUCUUCGGAAAGGAAGGACAAAUGGAAUAACUUAUUGAUUUAAAAAGUGUCUUAUUGAGAAUCGUACUAGGAUUUCGCGUUUUAUGCUUAUCACAUUCUUCACUUAAAAUAAAUAAGCGACACAAAAUAUUAUUUAUUCAGUUAAACGCUUCAACAUUUUUUGGGCAAUCACUGGUUUUCAGGGACUUGACUUUACUGCGUCAUUAAAAUUAGCAUGAUUAUCUAUUUCAAUAAAAUACCCAGAAGAACUCGUUAUUCGUGUGAACUUAAGAAACUUUCUUAGAACGAUGAGUCGCAGAUUUGUAUAAAACGAUUUUUUUCGUGUAUAAAAAACAUACAUAUUUAUAAAAUUCUAGGAGAUGUAAUUUUACAACGAAUAAAUGGAUGAUAUAGUACAAUUGGUACCAUCAGUACUUGUACGAUAUCAUUUAUUCACAAAAAAAAUCAUACAAAGUCGUCACAAUCGUUUGCCAAUUUUUUGUUUAAUAUUUUAAUUUAAUGUCCUUGUCUCCUUCGUCAGUUCUUUAACAAAAAACGUCGAAUUUUAAGGCGUGUCAAAUCCACCCCGAAAGCGACAACGUAAAAAGGCAAGCCUUGGAAGUGUGUGUAUAUAUAACGACAUAUAUAUUAAACGAUGGCGACACGUCUCGUAUCUGUGAUUAGGCUAGAGUGCUGUCGACCAAUCACAA